UGAAUAUCCACACAUUGCACGUGUUGAUGAAGUAUUUGGUUUGGUUUGGAUUGAGUUGAAUGCUGAAUAGAUCGGUGAUUUGCUAUUGAACAGUUAUAGGAGAGAGUAUAAAUAAAUCGACAGAAUGCAGACGGACGAUGUCGUUUGGAGCAUCAUCAACAGAUCCUUUUGCUCGCACAAAGUCAAAACCGACACCCGCACCUUUUGCCGCCAUGAAUACAAUUUGACGGGUCUGUGCACGCGACGCACCUGCCCGCUGGCCAAUUCGCAGUAUGCGACGGUGCGGGAGGAGAAGGGCGUCAUUUAUCUGUUCAUGAAGACGGCGGAACGGGCGCAUACGCCGAAUAAAUUGUGGGAGCGGGUGAAAUUGUCGCGCAACUUCGAAAAGGCAAUCCAACAGAUCAAUGAGAAUCUGGUGUUCUGGCCAAAGUUCAUUGUGGCGAAAAACAAGCAGCGCUUCCUCAAGAUCACACAAUAUUUAAUGCGGAUGCGAAAGCUGAAGCUGCGACGCCAGAAGCUGAUAGUGCCACUCUCUAGAAAGAUUGAGCGGCGGGAGGCGCGACGCGAGCAGAAGGCGCUGAUUGCGGCCAAAAUCGAUAACCAUAUUGAGAAGGCGCUGUUGGCGCGUCUGCAGGAUGGCACCAACAAGGAUAUCUAUAAUAUUUCACAGCAUGCCUUCAAUAAGGCCCUCGAAGCGGAACGCAUCGAUGGCGAGGAGGAGGACGAAGAGGAGGAGGAGGAGGAGCUGGAGCAGGAACGGGAGAAUGAAUCCGAACGUAGCAGGCAAAUGCUCGGGGACGAGGACGAUGAGAAUGAGGCCAAUGAGCUGCAUAACGCGCUCCUAGCCGACGAAUUUGUCGAGGCAGAUACCGACGACGAGGACGACUAUGAUAGUGAUUCGGGUCUGCGCGAGGAUGUGGAAAUGGACAGCGAUUUCGGCCAUUCCGAUGAUGAUGAUGACGAUGAUGGCGGCGAUUCAGAUGUGGACGAUAUUGAGGACACGCCCGUGCCUUCGAGCUCUGGCGCGACAAGGAAAUCGACUAAAGUACCGGCGAGAAGCAGCAAACCGAGACGGCAAGUGGAAUAUGAAGUUGAAGUUGCUGCAAAAGGGAAAAUGCGCGAUUACUGAGGUAUUGAUAUUGAUAUUGGCACAAUGGCUUCGAUAAUCAAUCAAUCAAUCAGUCAGCAGCGGCGCAAAUGAAUCAAAUAUUGAACAUAUAACUGCAUUAUGUAUAAAGUUAUUCUUCUCUCCCCCCCAAACCCAAACCCAAUCCAAUCCAACCCAAAUUUUUUUUAUUCAUUUAUUCAUUUGCGUCGUCGCUGUCCACCACAGCUGAAUAAUAAAUAAAUGUGCACGCAGCCGAGA